AUGAGGAGAGUACAACAAAAGCAAUACCAUAUCCCGCAGGAAAUUGCGGAAAUUAGUGCCUGCAUCAAAGACAUGACAGGACUGCAGGGGAGCUUAUACCCUGAAGGCUGGUGCUGGAUUCAGCCACACGGGAAGACCUUCCCACCCUGCCAGGGUCCAUAGGGGUUAACCCUCUCUACCAAGGAAAGCCCCUUUUCUUCAUUACUUCUCUCUGUGGUGCUUUGGGGUAACCUCCUGUGGGCUGGCUUCCUUCCCCAUCUGGCCUCGGGGGGGCAGACCUUCACCCUGGGGGUACUAGGACCCUGGGACUGUGACCCCAUCUUUGCCCAGGCCCUCCCCAGUGUGGCUGCCCAGCUGGCCGUGGACCGAGUCAACCAGGACCCCUCACCGUUGCUGGACUCACGGCUGAAUUCUGUGGUUCUCCCCACGGGCUGUGACACACCUCAGGCCCUGGCCACGUUCCUGGCCCACAAGGACAGCGUAGCUGCUUUUGUGGGCCCUGUCAAUCCUGGUUACUACCCAGCAGCAGCCCUGCUGGCCCAAAGCUGGGGCAAGACCCUCUUCUCCUGGGUUUGCGGGGCCCCUGAAGGAGGAGAUGAGCUGAUGCCCACCUUUCCUUCGGCUGCCCAUGUGCUGCUGUCCAUCCUGAGACACUUUGGCUGGGCCCGUGUGGCCAUUCUGUCCUUCCACCAGGACAUCUGGGUGGCCACAGCCCAACAGGUGGCCACAACUUUCAGGACACGUGGGCUGCCUGUAGGGCUGGUGACUUCUCUGGGACCCGGGGAACAGGGAGCCACAGAGGUUCUGAAGCAGCUCUGCAGUGUGGACGGCCUGAAAAUUGUGGUUCUGUGCAUGCACUCAGCGUUCCUGGGUGGCCAAGAGCAGACCACCCUGCUGAGUCGUGCGUGGGCCGAAGGCCUGGCCGAUGGGAGGCUCAUCUUCCUGCCCUAUGACAUGCUGCUAUUUGCACUGCCCUAUCGCAACCACUCCUACCCGGCCCUCGGUGACAGGGGACCCCUGCAGCAGGUCUAGGACGCGGUGCUCACCAUCAGCCUGGAGUCUGGCUCCAUAGACAAGGCCUUCACUGCCAGGGCGAGUGGAGAGGUGGCUGCCCACCUGGAGCCAGAGCAGGUGUCCCUGCUCUUUGGAACCAUCUACGACACUGUGGUCCUGCUGGCCCAUGCCCUGAACUGCUCUGAGAGCCACGGGGCAGGACUCUCAGGGGCCCACUUAGGGAACUACACAGGGGCUCUGGACGUGGCCGGCGUUAGCCAGAGGAUCCGGACGGACGAGAAGGGCAGGAGGAUGGCCCAGUACGUCAUCCUGGACACAGAUGGUUGGGGAAGCCAGCUGAUCCCCACCCACAUCCUAGACACAGGCACGUGGCAAGUGCAGCCUUUGGGCAGGGCCAUACACUAUCCAGGAGGGGCUCCUCCAGCUCGCGACUCCAGCUUCUGGUUUGACCCUAAUACACUAUGCAUGAGAGGUGUGCAAGACCCAGGCAGCCUGCCGGCCCUGGCCCUGGCCUGUGUCCUGGUGCUGGCUGGCGGGGCCCUCACCUGCCUCAUCAGAUUGGGUGUCCAGCAGCUGCAGCUGGUGCAGGACCCCCACCAGAUUCUGCGGACCACCCAGGAGCUCACCUUCAUCCAUCGGCCCCCGAGGAGACGGAGGCUGCACAUGGGUAGUACGAGUGAAUCGAGAAGUGUGGCGGAUGGUGGGAGCCUGAGGUCGGUGGCCCAGGUGUCAGCAAGGAGCCUGCCAGCCCCUCAGGAGCCCACCAAUGUGGCCCUGUACCAGGGAGACUGGGUGUGACUGAAGAAGUUUGAAGCUAGCAUAGCCCCGGAGCUACAGCUGAGUUCCCUCAGCCUCCUGAGAAAGCUGCGGGAGCUGCGGCACGAGAAUGUCACCACCUGCCUGGGCUUCUUCGUAGCCCCUGGGGUCAGUGCUCUGGUGCUGGAGCACUGCUCUCAGGGCAGCCUGGAGGACCUGUUGUGCAACGAGGCCCUGCAACUGGACUGGACUUUCAAGGCCUCCCUGCUGCUGGAUUUGAUCUGCGGUGUGCGGUAUCUGCACCAUCGUCAUUUCCCUCAUGGCCGCCUCAAGUCCCGCAACUGUGUAGUGGACAGACGCUUUGUGCUGAAGGUCACUGACCAUGGUUAUGUGGAGCUCCUGGAUGCUCAGCAGGCUCCCUGCCCCCAGCCAGCCCCAGAAGGUCAGCUCAGGGUGAUGUGGCUCUAACCUGUGAUUGCGGAGCUGCUGCGGGUGCCCAGUGGGCCCAGGCUGGGCACUCUCAAAGGAGAUACCUUCAGCAUUGGCAUCAUCCUGCAGGAGGUGCUGACUCGAGGCCCACCCAACCGCUGCUCAGGUCUCUCAGCGGAAGAAAUCAUCAGGAAGGUGGCAUCUCCCCCUCCUCUGUGCCGGCCCCUGGUGGCCCCCAACCAUGGUCCUCUAGAGUGCAUCCAGCUGAUGGAGCAGUGCUGGGAGGAGGCUCCGGAGGACAGACCCAGCCUGGACCAGAUCUACAACCAGAUUAGUUUCAAAAGCGUCAACCAAGGCAAGAAAACUAGGGUUGCUGACUCUAUGCUGCAGAUGCUGGAGAAGUAUUCCCCGAACCUGGAGGACCUGAUCCAGGAGCAGACUGAGGAGCUGGAGCUGGAGAGACAGAAGACGGAAAGGCUGCUCUCUCAGAUGCUGCCUCCGUCUGUGGCCGAAGCUCUGAAAAUGGGGGUGACUGUGGAGCCAGAGUACUUUGACCAGGUUACCAUAUACUUCAGUGACAUUGUGGGUUUCACCACCAUCUCAGAGUUUAGUGAGCCCAUCGAGGUGGUGGUCUUGCUCAAUGACCUCUAUACGUUGUUUGAUGCUGUCCUGGGCAGCCAUGAUGUAUAUAAGUUCUUAUCUGUAAAUGGCAAUAAUAAUAGUACCAACAUGGCCCUGGACAUUGUCAGCUCUGUGGGCGACUUCCAGAUGAGGCAUACACCUGAUGUGCCCAUUCGUGUCAGGGCUGGUCUGCACUCAGGGCCCUGUGUGGCAGGGGUCAUGGGCCUCACCAUGCCUAGAUAUUGCCUCUUUGGGGACACUGUCAACACUGCAUCCCGGAUGGAGUCCACAGGGCUGCCAUACAGAAUUCAUGUCAGCCGGAACACUGCCCAGACACUGCUCAGCUUGGAUGAAGGCUACAAAAUUGACAUCAGAGGUCAAACUGAGCUAAAGGGGAAGGGCCUAGAGGAAACCUACUGGCUGGCAGGAAAGGCAGGCUUCCCCAGACCCCUCCCCACACCUCUGGACAUCAAACCUGGAGACCCCUGGCAGGACUUCAUAAACCAAGAAAUCAAGGUGGCCUUUGCCAAAGCGCACCACGGCACGGCUGGGACCCGAAGCUCAGGAAAGCCCUUGGCCCUGCCCUGA